UAUGCGGAAUGGCGACGCGGGCGUGCGAAUUGGACAGCAAUAUUGGAAAGGGGAGAUUGGGAUUAAGAGCUUCAACUACUAUCUCCUCAAGGAGGGGCUCAAGACGACGCGGAAUGGACAGAAGAAGGCUCCGCCGGAGACUGAGAUUGCCGCAGGAGUGAACUCUGAUGGAGCCUUGGAGCGAAUGCCCAGCUUUCGACACCGAGAUGAGAAUGUGUAUGAAGAGAUCUUUAUGAUGGCAAAGAAUGAGGCUCUGCAGCCAAGACCUGACUAUCCAGACUGUGAGCUGUGUGCUUCCCAGUGGAAUGAGAACAAGGAGAACGACGCCGCCAAUGAGAGUCAGGAGCAGCACGUGCUCAAGUUCCAGUCCUACAAUCCCAACAAUCCGGGCAUUUACAAGACAGAGACCACCCCAGUUGCCUUCCCGUGCGACUACAAUCCCCUGAACACCCUGAUCGCCCCCUGUCCUGGAGAUCGACGAGAGUACUCCUCGUGCGAAUCCUUGCUGCGCGAGGACUCCUACGGGCGCCGAUCAGCGCGCUUCUCUGACCAGGAGCAUCCGGGCGUGAAGCAGCGCGGCAGCAUAAAGAGCGUUGAAUCCCUGACCUCAUCCCAGCCCUCCUGCCAUUGCGGCAGCUCCGACAGUGACUGCAUGUUCUUCGACUGCCAGCCGUGUCCCUUCGAUGCGGAGAAGUGCAGCUUUAGCGACAAUACCCACUGCCAGGAUUGCGACGACUACGCCAGGCGUCGCAUGAGGCGCAACAAUGAGCAGGAGAUCCACUAUCUGCGCAUCAACCAGCGACACGUGAGCCAAGUGAAGAAGAGCGAGUACUGGAGCGGAAGUCUGCCACAUCUCAAGAGGGAGAACGUGAAGAAGGCCUGCCAGGUGGACAGCGACUGCGGCAGGUCAGACUGUCGGGUCCGCACGCUGGACAGGAGAACCACCAGAUCGACUGACCAGUUCAGUUUCAUCUCCGCUCACAACUACGGCUAUGGCAUGAUAGAGAAGAAGUCCGCAUAUGUGCCAAAUCACGCGGCCAAAGUCGCCGCGAAUGCGGACUUCCUGGCUAGGAGCAAGAUGGAGAUCCGGGACAAAAUCAACUCGAAGCGUUACUCUCUGAUCGACGAUCCUGGGGUGGCGAAGAGCGAUGUGGAUGCAACGAAGAAGCACACAACGAUGCGCCGCAGAAAGAAGUCCGCCGGCGCCAUUCCCAAAACUGCCCAGGAUUUGGAGCCAUCUGGCACUGGGAAUCGCCGGCCGUCGCGGGAGUCCGUGCAGAAGGCGUCCACGUACGGUUCGCACAGUGACGACCAAAUUUUCUACAGUGCCAGAGACAGCCAGCAGAGGCGUGAGAAGAGGAGUGUCAGAGAUGGAAGUGGAUCCUCCGUCAUCCAGUCAUCGCACAUGAAGUCAUCAGCGACAGUUCAGUCAACUGGACCUACGCAGGAGAAGUCGCGCAAACGCGAUGCUGCCAGAGAUGAGGACGUGGGGAGCGGAGCUGGUGAGAGUGGAGGUCGAGGCGGUGGCGCCAACGAAGACAACGAAGCCCCAACAUCGCCACGAGUUCGGCAAGAGGCCAAAGAAAACACAUCGCAGUUGCAAUCAAAUGAAAUCAGUUUCGCGUCGCUCACCGCUGGUGAUACUUCGCACAGUGGCCACCUGCUCGUAAAUCCGACCGUUGCUGACGGCAGCGAAAUCGAUUUUUGCGAUUUACCCCUGCCCAAGACACCAGAGGGCAAAGGGAAGGCCUUUCCGGACGCCGCUUCAGUGCACAAUGUGGACAGGGUGAGAGACAUGCACUACCACAAUCCGACCAAGACGUCCACGUAUCUCUUUGGGGAGACGGCCACGCAGCAGAACGACAUCUUCCUCAACAGGUCCGGCUGGGUGCAGGUGAAGCAUCGACCCGAGACGGAUGAGCAUCAAUUUGGUCGCGCGGGGUCACGCAAGAGUGACAAUCACAGGAAACUCGAGGAGCUCAUUGCGCGGAAUGAGGCGCGAAAGCUGCUGCUACUGCAGAACAUCCACCAUCACUCCCUGGCCACGGACACGCUGCAGGCGCCCAUUCUUGGGGAGCGGCCGAUGUCGCCCACCACAGGUUUUCACAUCAUCUCACCGCCGCCCGCCUUCCAGGACACCAGCUCGGGCGGCCUAAAGGAGCCGGCCAAGGAUCCGCAGGGCAAGAGGAUGGUCUUCUCGCGCAGCUUCGAGGGCGACUCCGCAAAGCUCAAGUCUGACUACAAGGACAUCUACUCCAAGAGCUUCGAGUUUGAAUACGAAGCACCGCAGCAGAGCAAUCAUCUUACAGUGCUGCAGGCUGUGCCGCCCAAGAACAAGUCCAGCGCCUUCGCCUCGCUCACGGGCAUCUCGCCCAACUACCUCACGGGCCGCGCCACAGGCUUCAAAGUCGCCGAAGCGCCACCCGCCAAUGCGACUCAGGCGAAGUUCACCGCGAAGCCCUCGUACAACUCCAAGACGGGCCUGCCGCCGAAGAUGGGCACACAGGCGAUUGGAGGCGACAAGAAGAAGUCAGCGGCUGUGAGCAGCGUGAGGGUAAACAGGGGCGGCUCCACCUUCGCCACGAUGCGAGGAUACAGGAGUCUCACCACUUCCUCGUCAAUUAACAAGAGGCUCAACUCGUACGACAGUGGCACAAGAUCGGAUUUCUCAAAUGAUGAGGAGGAUAACGAGACUCCUGGCAUCGCACAGGCCAACCAAUACAACUACCCGCCCGUGGUGUCGGACUAUCAGAUGGGCAGGAAUACCAGGAGUCGAUCGAUGUUCCCCACCGCGGGCGCCGGAACAAGACUCCACAGAUCCAACACUGUGGAGAGUCGCUCUCUGGCGCCUCCUGUGGACGACAGGGUGGUGAUAAGGACGCCGCAGCAGCUGGCCAGAAGUUACGAGGCCACUUACUUGGCCAACAGCCUGAGAGCGGCCAAGAACUACGAGGAGGAUAAUGUGUACGUGUCUAGUCGGAGCUCCAGCUCAAGUGUUGAGGACGUCGGGACGUCGGGGGAUAUCUAUCGACGUCAACCGAAUCGUCAAAGUACUGAAUCGAGGAUCCGUCGCUCCAGAUCCCUGCAACUAUCCGUACGGUCGCCCAGUCGCGUCCCAAUGGCCACCAGAGCAGCCGCCAUGGCGAGACCUUCGCGGAACUCUAAGUACCCUCCGCCCACGCCCCAUCCUGUGGCCCUGAUGCACCACCAGGGCGCCAAUGUGCAGCCCCGAGCGAAAGAGAAGGGCCAGAAGCUGAAGCAGGACACCAACGCUCGGUCGCUAGACAUGGAGGGCAAAUCCUUCGGCGGAAGCUUCGACUUCGAUCCCAAAGUCACCUCAUUCGACGAGAGCGCGGGUCUGCACUUUGUCAACUCCAGCAAUGAGCGCAUCUUCACGGAGUCAAAGUACAACCAGCAGAAUCUCGCACAGAAUCAGCGCGUGCAGCAGCCGGGCUCCUAUGGCAGUCGCUUGUACGAGCACGAGCUCGUGUAUCAACCGUGGAGGCGCAACAGAUCUCCAAUUAUUAUGGACUACGGCCCAAAGGGCAAGGCGACACCCAAGAGGGACUCCUCGCUGCCACCCUACCACUCCCAAACGUCCUCCAUGAGCCGCAGCGAGCAGGACUCUAGCGAAAGUUGCACGGGUGGCCAUCAACAGCACUCGCGCAAGGUGAAAUGCCCCGGCGACAAAAGCAAUAGCCUGGACGAUGAGAUUUGCAGCAGACGCUCUGAUAUGUAUAGUUCAUGUAUAGAAAGUAGCAAUAGCAGUGCCGGAAUGAAAGUUAAAAAUGAUUUUCAGAAGAAAGACACACCAAAAGAUACACUCAUAAAGAUACCUUAUAGUAGUAAUCAGAAUUGCCAAAUGAUGACAGACACCAAGUGUAGUAAUACGAAAAUUGAACCACCAUCAGCCGCCAGAGACAGUUCCGUUGAUGAUGGCACGCGGGGAGGUGACCUGCAAGACACGGGUGCUCUCGUGUCGCCAGCACGUGCCAACUAUCGCAGCAAAUCCCUCCCCAAGUCAUUCAUGAGGAGCAGCCACUUGAAGAAAUCAACAGCGAGCCGACCAACCAAACUGACAAAUCAAAUGAGAGCCGUGUCCAGUCCACUGUUCACUGAGGAGACCUUCACUUUUAAGACUAAUGAAGACCAAAUACCUGAGAGCGAGACUUUAACCGUCGCCAGCAGUAACGAGUCAGUUCUGCAGAAGUUCAAGAAGAGCUUCAACCAGUUACGCGCCAAGCACGGCCGGAAGCGCAACAAAUGCGACGAGUGUGAGCUGUCGAAGGAGAUGAGCCGAAGCGAGGAGAGUCGCCUGAUGACCAAGACCGACUCCGAGCCGGAGAUCUUCCGCGAGAACCUCUCUCAGUCAUUUCCCGACAGCCUCACGUCCUUGCAAGAGGAAGAGGAAAAAGCCCCGAUCUACGCUGAGGCUGUCUUUGCCUUCCAAGCGAGUGACACGCAGGAAUUGGCCCUGCGGAAGGGAGACUUGAUCGAGGUGUUUGUCUACGACGACUGUCCCUGGUGGUGGGGCAAGCUCAUGAUCCCCGACACUGCGCCCGCGAUGGGCUCUCCUGCGACCCGCGACGGCUGGUUCCCGCGGGAUUUCGUCAAGGUGAUUCCCAGUGUGGCGGUGCGCAGCAAGAAAGCCGAGAGUCUGGCCGUGAAUGCGCCUGAAGAAUCCCUGGCCAGACGCAAUGGUGGCGCUGAGAAGCCAUCAUCAACUGAGCACCAGGUGAACUUCCGCGAGAAUGCCAUUCGCGAACUGCUGGACGCCGAGACGGUCUACGUGAACCUUCUCUCAUCUCUCUGCUAUGGAUUUCUGCACAAACUGCGGCUCCACACUGAAAUAUUUCCUAUGGAAAGCAUCAACAGUAUCUUCUCGAACAUUGAGGAUAUUCUUCACUUUCAAGAGGCAUUCCUCGAUGCACUGAAAACAGGAAUUCGCAAUCAUUCUAUUGCCAAAGUGUUCUUAAGCCAUCAAGCGGCUUUCUCUGUCUACUCCACCUAUUGCAACGCACAUCCGCGUGGCUUCAUGGAGCUGGAGAAGUACGCGGCCAACAGGGUGGCUUGUGACAUUCUGGAGAGAUGCAGAAAGAGCGAAAAACUCCCAGAAUUGCCACUCACGGCCCACCUUUUGGCGCCUAUUCAGAGGAUUUGCCGAUACCCACUCCACCUGAGCGAGCUGGUCAAGUACUUCCCCUCGAAUCCCAACUUUCAGCGCGACGUGAAGAAGGAUGAGAUGACAGACUGCAAGGAGUCCUUCGAAUUGGCACUGGCAACGAUGAAAAAGGUCGCAGAGAUGGUGAAUGAAGAGAAGCGCAACAGCGAGCACAUGUCCCGGAUUCAGGCUCAGUUCGACAACUUCACGGGACCUCCAAUCCACUUCCAUAGCACGCGACUCUUCCUGCAGAUCGAUGCGAUCAGAUUGUCGCCCAAUCUGUGGAACAACACCUUCACGCUCUUCCUGUUCGACCGGCAGAUUAUCUACUGCCGCAAGGACUUCAUGAAGCGCACCCAGUUCAUCUACAAGGGACGCAUCUUCCUGGACAACUGCAGCAUCCUCAACCUGCCGGACGGCAAGAUGUUCGGCGUGACACUGAAGAAUGCCCUGCGCAUCUACUGUGACACGCGCAACAAGUGGCACGACUUCUGCUUCCGCAGCGCUGGUCACAAGAUCCGUUUCCUCAACACCCUGUCCGUGGAGCGCCAGUACUGCGGCACGAGUCUGUUCGUCUCGGAGUUUGCCGGCACAGCGGAAGAUGACAAUCUCACGGACGACGAGGAAUUGCGAGCGAAGAAGGCCGACGAGACUGCCAGUCAGGUGAAGAAGCUCAAGGCGGACGUGGUUUCUCCCGAAGAGACGACGUCUUCUGCGAAUCGUCGUUUGGGCAGCUGGUUCAGGAAGCCAAAGAGCACCAACAACACGCCCUUCCACAGCCCCACGCAUCGGCCGCCGAGUCAGGAUGUGCCCAGUGUACCAAAGGCGGAGAAGAGUGCCGGCAAGAUAGCACAGAAAAUCUCCGAACCCUCAGCCAAGGCGUCCUGA